UGUUUACUUUGACCGAACUGACUUCUCAGUCGCCACGACCGAUCCUCAAUCCUCAUCCUGUGAUUCAUUUAGAAAACUGCGAGCUUCAUGAUCUGAAACAAAAAUCGAGGAAACCGAAACAUGUCUUCUUGGGCUUCUUUCAUAUUGCUUUUCCUUUUCUCCUUCCUCAGAAGCUUCAGAGUUUCUGCUAAAAAUCCUACUUACACAUACCAUGUCUGUCCGAACACGACAACUUUCCUAAGAAACAGCACUUACUCAACCAAUCUAAGAAUCCUUUUUUCAUCUCUCUCUUCUCCCAACGCCUCUUACUCCACUGGAUUCCAGAACGCUACCACAGGACAAGACCCUGACAGGGUCACUGGACUUUUCCUUUGUCGGGGAGACGUUUCGCCUGAAUUUUGCCGUAGCUGCGUCCUCUUUUCUAUCAACGAAACCUUCAUUCGGUGUUCGAAUGCGAAAGAAACGGUGCUCUAUUACGAGGAGUGUAUGCUCAGAUACUCUCAUCGGAAUAUUUUAUCGACCCUUAACCUCGAUAAUGGAUUUCGGAAAAUGGACAGCAAUGAUUUUUCAUCUAACGUUAAACUAGCAGGGCAAUUCCAAGAGUUGGUUUCGUCCACGCUGAACCAAGCUGCCGCAGAAGCAGCCAACAGUUCUAGAAAGUUCUAUACGAAAAAGGCCAACUGGAGUUCACUUGAGACAUUGUAUACCCUGGUUCAGUGCACUCCUGAUCUGACCAAAGUACAAUGUUUGCGUUGCUUGCAAGAAUGCAUUAACGAAAUGUAUAUUUCCAGAAUUGGGGGAAGACUUCUUUGGCCGAGUUGUAACUCAAGGUACGAGCUCUAUCCGUUCUACAACGAAACCGCCAUUGGAAUACCACCACCACCGCUGCCACAUGUGUCUACUCCUCCUUUGUCCUCUCCUGCCCGAACUGAGGAAAGUGGCAAUUCAAGUGUCUUACUGGUAGUCAUUGUUGUGCCUAUUAUAGUGGUUAUUCUGCUUUUCAUAGCUGGUUAUAGUUUCCAUGCAAAGAGGGCAAAGAAGACGUAUAACACAACACCUGCUUUUGAUGGUAGAGGAGAUGAUAUAACAACCGUAGACACACUGCAGCUCGAUUAUAAAAAAAUUCAAUCUGCCACAAAUGGAUUUUCAGAGAGAAAUAAGAUUGGCCAAGGUGGAUUUGGUGAGGUUUACAAGGGUACAUUUUCAAAUGGGACUGAAGUUGCGGUGAAGAGACUAUCGAAAACUUCAGGACAAGGUGAAACAGAGUUCAAGAACGAGGUUGUUGUUGUGGCAAAGCUUCAGCAUCGAAACUUGGUAAAGCUUCAAGGAUUUUGUCUAAAAGGUGAAGAAAGAAUAUUGGUCUACGAGUAUGUGCCUAACAAAAGCCUUGAUUACAUCAUCUUCGACCCUACAAAGAAAGGUCAACUAGACUGGACUCUACGAUUCAAGAUCAUUACUGGCAUUGCUAGAGGAAUUCUCUAUCUUCAUCAAGAUUCAAGGCUCACAAUCAUACACCGUGAUCUCAAAGCGAGUAACAUUCUCCUCGAUGCGGAUAUGAAUCCAAAAAUUGCUGAUUUUGGAAUGGCAAGGAUCUUUGGAAUGGACCAAACCCAAGAUAAGACAAGCAAAGUAGUUGGUACGCUCGGUUACAUGUCUCCUGAAUAUGCAAUGCGUGGCCAUUUCUCAAUGAAAUCAGAUGUCUAUAGCUUUGGAGUGUUAGUUCUCGAGAUUAUAAGUGGUAGAAGGAAUAACAGCUUCUACGAGACAGACAACGUACAAGACUUGGUGGCAUAUGCUUGGAGGCUUUGGAAUAACGGAACAACGUUAAACCUCGUGGAUCCAAUUAUUGCAGAUAGUUGUGAGAAGAGUAAAGUUAUUCGAUGCAUCCAUAUCGGUCUUUUAUGUGUUGAAGAAGAUCCUGUAGACCGCCCAACCUUGUCAUCCAUUUUCACGAUGCUCACUAAUACCGUGACAUUACCAGUACCUCGGAGACCAGGGUUUUUCGUUCAGAGUAGACACCAAAUGACGCCGCUUGAUGAUGCAUAGAUCAACUAUUGGUUUUUCGAUUGGUUUCAUGAUUUUUAUAUUUCAUUAAUAAUUUCUUGUUAUUCAAUU